UCUCGAAACAGCUCUCAAGCAAUAGGUCAGCCUCCGUCCAAAGCAGCAGAAGCGGGAAAUUCAACAUGUUCAAGGUUAUCGCUUUGAUCGCCUGUCUGGCAAUUGUCGUCUUGGCGCACGAGGAGGAGCAUCACUCGCACCCCAAGUACAAGUUCGAGUAUGGUGUCAUGGAUUCGCAAACCGGAGACAAUAAGGAACAAUGGGAACAUCGGGAUGGAGAUGCUGUAGAAGGUUCGUACUCGCUUCACGAACCAGACGGCACGCAUCGUGUAGUGAACUACAAAUCGGACAAACAUGUUGGAUUCCAGGCCCAUGUGCAGCGUGCUGGACACGCAAGCCACCCAGCCGUUUACGGUGAACAUCACGACGGACACGGACACGGCGGAGAAAGUUAUGCUAACAUCGACCAGCAUCACUGAGAUCUCGGAUGACGGCGGUUCUGUCGUCGUUAUAGGGCGGCAGCACCACUAGUGGCGAGGCGGGUGUUGACCAUCGCUAUCGGUUACACCUGCCUUUUUGUUGACUGUGCAAUUAAGACUUGUUAGAGUUAUGUGAUCUGUUGCUUCCUGUACUUGUGAAAGAAAUGUUUCGUGUUUGUUUUAAAAGGAAUUUCAAUAACUGCACAAGUAUUAUUGAGUAACUGGGAAAAAGGGGAAAUUCAGUUCGAAUGAAAAAGAAGAUACUGUGUUUUUUUGUUCAAAUUUUCACAUUGAUUUUGAAAGUAAAAAUAUUUGCUAUACUUUGGAAAA